GAUACCCCGCUAGACCCCACACGUGCCUGCCAAUUUCACGACCCUGGCAACUUUCCCAGCUGCUACUUGACCUAGCCACUCGAAAAUCAGCCUUUAUAUCUGCAAGAUGGUGUACUACUUCUCGUCCAACACGGUGUCGCCGUCGGCCUUCAUCUACGUCGGCAAAGACAAGGUUGAGAAUGAAGAGCUUAUCAAAUACGGCUGGGACGAAGAUGUCUGGUUCCACGCGGACAAUCUUUCCUCAGCCCAUAUCUACGUCCGAUUACCAGAGGGUGAAGAUUGGGAGAAGAUGACUAAAGAGUUGCUGGUGGACUGCGCGCAACUUACCAAGGCGAACAGUAUUGAGGGCAACAAGAAAGAUAACGUCACGAUUGUGUAUACACCUUGGAGCAACCUGAAGAAAGACGGGAGUAUGGCUGUAGGUCAAGUUGGGUUCAAGGAUCAGCGAAAGCGCAUACAUGUGGAACAGCGAGAGAAUCCUAUCGUCAACCGCCUUAACAAGACGAAAGUUGAGAAGUUCCCUGACCUGAAAGAGGAGCGAGAAGCAAGGCGGGCGGAGUUGAGGAAACGCGAUCAGAGUGCUCUGCAAGCCAAGCGCAAAGAAGAGGCCCGUAUAGCCAAGGAGCGCAAGGAGCUCGCAUGGCGGAGAGAUCAUGCCUACGACGAUGUCAUGACAGAGGAGAACCUGGAGCAGAACUCCAACGAGAACCGCGAUGAGGACUUCCUCGACGACUUCAUGUGAGGUCUUUACUCGCAUUUGUGCAUCCCGCAGAGGACGAGGGUACCACAGUAGCAAUAGUGUCGGCACAGCGGGGUCGCUUCAACUGGGGUCGCGAACAGUCAUGGCUGGAAGGCACAGUCCCAUGCUCUCAUUCAACAUGCGGAUAUUAUGGUUGAAGGUAUCGUACGCGGUGGUCUUGACCUCGAGCUCCUCACGCGUCCUGAAACAGUCAGCUGCAUGGCAUUGAAGACGGAUGAGAGCCGGCUACAUACAUGGCGUUCUUCGGAUUGUGCUUAUUGCGACCUCCAUGAUUCUGUACCCACCAUACGAACAGGAGAUUCUUCACUAUCUUGUGUUCGAGACCGUUCUGUCUAGUCGCAUACUGCAGGAAUUCGAGCGUGUUCUGGAUCCUCUGUGGCUCAUAAUCGGUCGCGGAGCCUUUGCGAAAGGCUAGACGAAUGCGGUCGCGCA